AAGACGAGUGCCUCCCUCCCUCUCUCGACCUACGUGUCCAUCGCGGCCUCGAGAUUUCGGCGGACAGGCGCCUUUAUUCCAGUGACACGCAAUGUUGCAAUGAACGUGUGCCGGGAGCCAACUGGGAUCAAAGCUGAUUGAUCGGAAAGGCUUAUAGCGACUUAUAAGAAGAACAUGUCUCGUCUUUGGGGAUGCAUGGUUGAGAUUCAUUGUAGAAGCUUUGUGGUCAUGUUGCUUUUACUGGAUGUGAGGGUGGAUUUAUGGUCUUUACAGGGGGGAGGGAUGAAGUUCUAUAUGAGUGUCCAGCAUUGAGUAGUUGGGAGGAGCAUAUGGAAUCACAAGGUGCAGGCAUUAGUUCCAGGUCAUGGUUGGGUCUUGUAUUACUUGGUUCCACAUUAACCAGGACGGCCGGCAAAUCCGGCUCACCCGGCCGGCGGCGUUCGUACUACGCUUCUGACGCAGUAAAAGUGCUCCGCAUGUGGACGCCGAAAAAGUUGGCAGCGGCAUCGUCCCCGCAGUUACCAUUUUGGAAUGCCUCAUCCCAUUCCUCCCCACUCCUCUCCCUUACACUAAAUCGCACGGCGUUGCCAUCUCAGCAUCAGGGUUCAGGGACCAACCUGAUACGCCACAUAUGGCAAGGCGAUGGGAAAUCCGCAGGUCCAGCUGGCAUCGCCAUUCCGUAACCUUCCUAUAAUACGAAGUCCUUCCCAUGGAAACUCACCAUUGGAACUUUUGAGAGCACAAGGGCGAGCGAGAGGGUCACCUUCAACAUCAAUGGAUGCCGUUCUGGUGACUCUGCGGAACACUCCAGUUGGGGUUGUUACGUCCCUCGCUCUCGGCCUCCUUACCGUUGCCAUCAUCGUCGGGAAGCUUCGCGUCGGUCGGAGCCGGCGCUUAAACCGUCCCCCAGCUGUUCCUGGGCUGCCUUUGAUUGGGAAUCUGCAUCAGCUCAAGGACAAGAAACCCCACCAGACCUUCGCGAAAUGGGCAGAAAUUUAUGGGCCUAUCUACUCCAUCAGAACAGGAGCUUCUACGGUGGUCGUCCUCAAUUCAGCUGCAGUGGCCAAGGAGGCAUUGGUGACUAGAUUCAACUCUCUCUCGACUCGAAAGCUUUCAAAUGCGCUGACAUUGCUCACUUCCAACAAAUCUAUGGUUGCCACGAGUGACUACGGCGAGUUCCAUAAAAUGGUGAAGCGCUACAUCCUCACGAGUGUUUUGGGAUCAAAUGCUCAGAAGCAAUAUCGUGGCCUCAGGGACAGCAUGAUCAAUAACGUCGUAAACAUUCUGCAUUCAGAGAUAAAGGACAAUCCUCAAAGUGCAGUCAACCUCAGGGAGCCAUUUGAGGUGGAGCUUUUCCGAUUAUCCUUGAAAGAAGCUCUGGGCAAGGAUGUAGAAUCUGUUUACGUGGAGGAACUUGGGCAAGAGAUGUCAAAGAAAGAAAUUUUUGAUGUCCUAGUCAUGGAUCCAAUGAUGGGUGCAAUAGAGGUAGACUGGAGGGAUUUCUUCCCGUAUCUGAGAUGGGUUCCUAAUAGGAGCAUGGAAAUGAAAAUUCAAAGAAUGGUGACUCGUAAGAGAGCGGUGACAAGGGCCUUGAUCAAUGAACAGAAGAAACGCAUUGCACUUGGAGAGGAAAUAAACUGCUAUCUGGACUUUCUACUGUCUGAAAACAAUCUGACAGAGGAGCAGUUGAUCACGUUGAUUUGGGAAGCGAUAAUUGAGUCCUCUGACACAACUUUGGUCACAACAGAAUGGGCUAUGUAUGAACUUGCUAAGAAUCCAAAGUGUCAGGAUCGCCUUUAUCAUGAAAUCCGAGAAGUAUGUGGGUCUGAAAUGGUUAUGGAGGAGCACUUGCCACAGCUACCAUACCUGAAUGCUGUUUUCCAUGAAACUCUAAGGAAGUAUUCUCCUGCUCCUAUUGUUCCCCUUAGAUAUGCCCAUGAAGACACCCAACUAGGAGGGUAUGACAUUCCGGCUGGGACACAGAUUGCCAUCAAUCUUUAUGCAUGUAAUAUGGACAAGAAGGACUGGGAUGAACCUGAAGAAUGGAAGCCUGAGAGAUUUCUGUCUAGCAAUUUCGAACCAAUGGAUCUUCACAAGACGAUGGCUUUUGGAGGAGGAAAAAGAGUAUGUGCUGGAUCUUUGCAGGCAAUGCUAAUUUCUUGUACGGCCAUUGGUAGACUCGUGCAAGAGUUUGAUUGGAGACUGAAAGAAGGAGAGGAAGAUAACAUGGAUACUGUUAAGCUCACAACCCACAAACUUCAGCCUAUGCAUGCAUACAUUGCCGCCAGAGCAAUGGAUCAUUCUGGAUUGCAGUCAUCCUAAAUUCGUUUUCCCUUCUUAUGCUUGUCUCACUAGCUGUGCUAGUAUUUUUAUUUAAUAAAGCUAUAUGAAACAAAUACCUCUGUUCCUGGUCUAGAACUUCAUACAGUGUAGGAUGUAAUUCUGCAUAUAUUGCAGUUGUCAGCCUAUUUAGCAACUCUGCCGACUGGCUUCCUAGGUGCAAUGUUUUUAUUCGUCAAUCAGUGAUGCGACGCUGAUUUUACCUGACACCUUAGUGAAUUAUACAAAUAUGUUGGUAUAUUUUCCUGGUAUCUUUUUUAAUUAUGAAAGAAAAUUAGUAUUUUAA